AUGUGGUUCUCCAAAUCUCACUUCCCCGUCGACGGCAAAACUGCAAUUAUAGUAGGAGCAUCCCAGGGCGUCGGCGCCGACAUUGCAGCAAAGUUAUACUUGCAAAACUGCUCCGUCAUACUCGUUGCCAGAACCCAAUCGAAGCUAGAUACGCAAGUGAAACGUAUACUCGAAUUACCCAAGGCGCAUCCCCAUCACACCGCCAAAGUGGCCAGCUACUCAUGCGAUGCUGCCAACUAUGAGGAUUUUGUCAAUCUAUGGAAACAAAUCACUGUACAUGGGUAUGAUCCAACAAUCAUAUUUUGUUGUGCUGGAUCUAGUGUGCCUAAACUCUUCCAAGACUUGACUCUGAGUGAUUUGGACGCUGGGAUCGAUAUCAAUUAUCGAACGGCGUUGAAUGUAGUGCAUAGCGGGUUUAAGCAUUUGUUGCAGAUGAACAAAUCCAAAUCCGUCCCACCCCAUGAAUGGACACCUAGACACAUUAUCAUAUUCAGUUCGGUGGUUUCGUUUUUCCCAUUUGUCGGAUACGCCCAAUAUGCGCCCAUGAAAGCGGCGCUCGAGUCGCUCUCGGUGAUUUUGAGACAGGAGUUGAGACCGUUUAAUUAUCGUGUCUCGUGUGUGUUUCCGGGAAAUUUCCAAAGUGAAGGGUUUGAUGAGGAGCAAAAGACCAAGCCGCAGUUGACAAAGUUGAUUGAGGGUCCAAGUGCGCCUAUUCCUAGUGAUGUUUGUGCGGAUAUAGUGUGUGAUCAGUUGUCGAAGGGGUAUGAUACAAUCACUACUGAUGUUGUGGGCUGGGUGCUUGGAUGUAGUACGUUGGGGAUCCUACCUCGCCAAUGGGGGGUUUUGCAAGUGGUUGUUAGCUUUGUUUUGCUGAUUUUUGCUCCUGUGAUUAGCUGGAGUAUAGGAAGACAGAUAAAGAAGCAUUUUAAAGAAGAGGCAAGGAAGGUGGAGUGA